AUGGCUGCGAAUAUGUACAGAGUCGGCGACUGCGUCUAUUUCGAGACGUCGUCGACGUCUCCGUACCAGAUCCGGCGGAUAGAGGAACUGAACAAGACGGCAUCAGGCAACGUGGAGGCGAAAGUCAUGUGCUUCUACAGGCGGCGGGACCUGCCGAACCCCCUCAUUCAGUUAGCUGAUAAGCAUCAAAUGGCACAGUCAGAAGACUCGCCGGUCGCAAUGAAACUCAAGAAAAUUUGCCUUAAAACGCCGAUAGGCGAGGAGCAGGCGGCACAAGCGGUCCUGGACCCGGCGUUAGGUAUUAUCGCAACGAAAACAUUGAGAGAAGAAAUGGAGCGGAAUUUAUUUGAAGCGGCGAUGGAGGAGGAAUCUACCGAGCUGCCGGGCACCGACGGUCUGGCGCCGAAGCAGCGGCACCAGGCCAAGCACCGCGAGCUGUUCCUGUCGCGCCACGUGGAGACGCUGCCCGCGACGCACAUACGCGGCAAGUGCACGGUCACACUCCUCAACGAGACGGAGUCGCUGCUCAGCUAUCUCAAUAAGGAUGACGCAUUUUUUUAUUGUUUAGUAUUUGAUCCUUCACAAAAGACUUUAUUAGCAGAUAAGGGAGAAAUCAGAGUUGGAAGUAGAUAUCAGACUGAAGUAACUAAUUUAUUAAAAGAAGGCGAGGAGGAGCCUCGGAACAGCGAGGACCUGGAGACGCUGGUCUGGACGCCGGAGCACGGGCUGACGGACAGGCAGAUCGACCAGUUCCUGGUGGUCUCCCGCUCGGUGGGCACGUUCGCGCGCGCCCUCGACUGCUCCUCCAGCGUGAAGCAGCCCUCGCUGCACAUGUCCGCCGCAGCGGCCAGCCGCGACAUUACGCUGUUCCACGCGAUGGACACGCUGCACAAGUCCGGCUACAGCAUAGAGGGGGCGCUGUCCUCGCUGGUGCCCGCCUCGGGGCCGGUGCUGUGCCGCGACGAGAUGGAGGAGUGGUCCGCCUCCGAGGCGAACCUCUUCGAGGAGGCGCUCGACAAGUACGGCAAGGACUUCGCCGACAUACGACAGGACUUUUUGCCAUGGAAGACGCUAAAGAACCUGGUGGAGUACUACUACAUGUGGAAGACGACGGACCGAUACGUUCAGCAGAAGCGCGUCAAGGCGGUGGAGGCGGAGUCGAAGCUGAAACAAGUGUACAUUCCCAAUUACAACAAGCCGAACCCGGCGCUGAUCGCGAGCGGCGGCGGCAAGGGGGGCGCCGUCCUCAACGGCGGCACGAACGGCACCGCCGCGCCGGCCGCCCACCUCUGCGCCUCCUGCCAAGUGACAAAUUCAAACCAGUGGUACGCAUGGGGCCCGCAACAUUUACAAUACAGACUCUGCGGUUCGUGCUGGCAGUACUGGAAGAAAUAUGGUGGUCUUAAGACGGCGGGCGUGUUUGGCGAGAGCGAAGCGGAGGCGGCCAAAGGCGCCCGCGAGGGGGACGAGACGGCGCUGUCCGCCUCCCACCGCCCCCACCGCUGCACCGUUGUCAAUUGCGCCAAGGAGUUCAAGCUGCGCGCGCACCUGGCGCGGCACGUGGCGACCGCGCACGGCGCCGGCGAGGGCGCGCGGCCCGUGAUGAAGACGCGCGCCGCCUUCUACCUGCGCGCGUCGCCCUUCACGCGGCUGGCGCGCCGGCUCGCGCGCGCCCUGCGCCGCCCGCGCCACUACGCGCGCUCGCCCUUCUCGCCCAUCAACCUGCACCAGGUCAAGCACGAGUGCACUAUCGCGAUGGCGGGCGUGGGCGUGGGCGUGGGCGUGGGCGGUGCGGAGGUGCGCGGCGCGGCGGGGGCGGCGCGGGCGCGCGGGCCCGUGGGCGCGGUGGCGGCGCGGCUGGCGGCAGCGCACGGCACCGCCGCGCCGCGCGCGCAGGACUGGCUGGCGCUCACGCCGCGCGACCGGCUGCCGGCGCCCGCGCACGUCGCCUUCCCCAAGCCGCCCAAGGCGCCCGACGGCAGCCUCAUGUACGAGCGCGUGAUGACGCGCGCCGAGCUGGAGGCGCGACGCAACGAGCCCGCGCCGGCGCCGCCGCUCAAGCGCCGCGCCUAUGACGACAUCAACGGACUCGACAGAGCGGCGGCGGGGGCGGGCGCGGGGCUGCGCGAGGCGCGCGAGGCGCCGGCGCCGCCGCCCGCCAAGCGGCCCAACAAGCACCCGGCGCCGAUGCAGCGGCCCUCGCGCGAGCAGUACGCCGCCAUGUGCGCGCGCGCCCAGGCCACCGGCCAGCCGCUGCCCGCCCACGUCUUCACACACGUCAAUGGCAAGCCGACGAACCUAACGGGCCGCGGCGGCCGUCGCCACGUCAUCUCGUGGAUGGAUGCACCGGAUGACCUCUACUUCAGAGCCUCCGAUGUCGCAAAGGCGGCCCGGCGGACGCUGAGCAGCGGGGAGCUGCGGCGCGGGGCGCGCGCGCCCUGGCGGGCGGUGCGGGGCGGCGGCGGCGGGGCGGCGGGGGGCGCGCCCGGCAAGGCGCCCGCGCCCGCGCCGCCGCUGCAGCUCGUCAUCCUCGAC